AUGGACGUAACGGCUAACAAAGCACCGCGGUGGUUUGAAAAGAAGUCUUCAGCGUCGAUAAAGCGCCAAUACGAUGCGUUUGCAUUCGACACUGCAAUAAUAGCACUUGUGUGUGGGUGCAUGCAGCGCGUGCAGUCGGCGGAACAUGUGGACGUGAAAAGCGCGCGUGCAGUCGGCGGAACAUGUGGACGUGAAAAGCGGGUGCGAGAGGUCCCGGAUUCGAUCUCCGGCAAGGCCCAGCCUGUCACCGAUCAUGCGGGAAGAGUGUUUGCAUCUCACUUCAUGGCUUCUGGACAACAGGUGCGAGAGGUCCCGGAUUCGAUCUCCGGCAAGGCCCAGCCUGUCACCGAUCAUGCGGGAAGAGUGUUUGCAUCUCACUUCAUGGCUUCUGGACAACAGGUGCGAGAGGUCCCGGAUUCGAUCUCCGGCAAGGCCCAUCCCGUCGCCGAUCAUGCGGGAAGAGUGUUUGCAUCUCACUUCAUGGCUUCUGGACAACAGGUGCGAGAGGUCCCGGAUUCGAUCUCCGGCAAGGCCCAGCCUGUCACCGAUCAUGCGGGAAGAGUGUUUGCAUCUCACUUCAUGGCUUCUGGACAACAGGUGCGAGAGGUCCCGGAUUCGAUCUCCGGCAAGGCCCAGCCUGUCACCGAUCAUGCGGGAAGAGUGUUUGCAUCUCACUUCAUGGCUUCUGGACAACAGGUGCGAGAGGUCCCGGAUUCGAUCUCCGGCAAGGCCCAGCCUGUCGCCGAUCAUGCGGGGAAGAGUGUUUGCAUCUCACUUCAUGGCUUCUGGACAACAGUAAAUGAUCUUUCUUGCACAACAGAGGACCGGGACAAGUUUAAACCGAAGCUGUUGCUGUCGCGUGCAGUCGGCGGAUCAGGUGGACGUGAAAAGCGGGUGCGAGAGGUCCCGGAUUCGAUCUCCGGCAAGGCCCAGCCUGUCACCGAUCAUGCGGGAAGAGUGUUUGCAUCUCACUUCAUGGCUUCUGGACAACAGUAA